GUUAUUUUGUUUACAAAAGUGGCGCCCCUGAUUCUAUCUCUGAUUUUGAACAAACACACACACAUACAAAUUUCCACUCUUCUCGAGAAUUUCGUCGUAGCAGUUUGUUUCUUAUUUCUUUGAAAAAAUUAUAAUUUACAAUAUGUCAGAAAUUUUGAACGCACAGGCGGCGGCUCAAAGUCAGAGUAGUCAAAAUUUUCAAAAUAUGGGAAACUUUCAGAAUUUGCAAAAUGCUGAAAAUUUGCAAAAUGUGGCAAAUGUGCAAAAUAUUGAACAGAACAUGCAAAAUGUUCAAAACAUGCAAAAUGUUCCAAAUUUGCAAAAUUUGCAAAAUAUUCAAAACAUGCAAAUUCUUCACAACAUUUUAAAUUCAGAAAAAAAUGUUUAUCAAUUUAAAAUCGUUCUGAAGGGAAUAAAGCCAACAAUAUGGCGAAGAAUUCAAGUUCCAGAGGAUUAUACUUUUUAUCAAUUGAGUGAUGCUAUUCUAAACGCAAUGGGUUGGGCUGGUGGGCAUCUUCAUGACUUUAAAAUGAAAAAUCCCGAAACUGGCGGUCAGGAAACAAUUGGCGAAGAUCCCGAUAUGGAAAAUUCAUGUACGAGUCUCGAUGAGAAGGAAACAAAAAUUAAAGAUUUUUUUAUCAACAAAAAAAGUAAGGCACUGUACUCAUACGAUUUUGGAGAUGGCUGGGAACAUGAUGUGCAGUUGAUGAGAAUAGUGCCUGCUCAACCGGGAAAAGAAUACCCUGUGUGCAUUGCCGGGAAACGCGCUUGUCCCCCCGAAGAUUGUGGAGGAACGGGCGGUUAUCUGGAAUUGUUGGAGAAAAGAGCAAAGCCAAAGGCGGAGCGCACAGAGGAAGAAAAUGAGGAACUCGAGUGGUACCACAUGGACGACGAUUUUGAUCCCGAGGAAUUCAAUCCCAAAGAAGUUGAUUUCAGCGUCUUUGACUUUUUCUCAAUAUUUGGAAUGAGAUAAACAAAAUUAUUAAGAUUAAAAGAUUUCCAAGUGGAUUAUUAUUUUAUUUUUCGACAACAGAAUUUAUUACUAUUAUUAUUACAUUCAACGCCAAGUUGCUUUGUGUUGAUUUUAUCUUACCUUUUUUUUAAACUAGUUUAUUUCAAAACUAGUAUUUACUAAUAUGACAGAAUUUAAAAUUAUUCCUUUUUAUUUCGUCGUUGUCUCUAAAUCUUGAGUUUAUUAUUAUUAUUAUUAGUGAAUAGGAAAAAUAUUCCAAAGAUACCUAACAAUGUUUCUCGUUUUACGUAUUAAGUAUUAUUUAUCUAAUUUUGUAAUAAAAUUAAAAUGAAAAUAAAUAAAAUUGUUUUAUUAUUA